GCCAAGAACACUGCGUCGAUCGACUUGGAGUGCAACUUCUUUCCUUGUUCGAAAAAGAUUAAUUGCUCUCUAUACUGUAGUUAACCUGAUCAAUGUGAGAUGAGACAUACUUGUCUUUACUCUCUGUUGCUUGUUCUCAUGACUGACAGAAAAACGUCAUCAUCCUUUGCUGCCUUUGCUGCCUUGAGCGCCUCCCGCCUAUAAACUACUGCUGGCACUUCAUUGUGCAUGUAAAUGCCAAGAACACUGCGUUGAUCGAUUUGCAGUGCAACUUCUUUCCUUCCUCCAUUAUAGUGACUGUAUUGACAUGUUCGAAAAAGAUAAACAGUGUGCACCAGCCAAGACAAUGACGGGCUGCUUCCUUUGGCUUUGUGCCCUCCUGGGAGUGCUGUGCUGCACUAUUCCAGCGAGCGCUCUCAUUAUCAUCAUGACCAAGACCCACUACCAUGCCAACAGGGGUUCGAAUGUCAGGCUGUUCUGCCGGUACACGACGGCCCUGAAAUUCACCGAUCCCAUUGAGAUCACGUGGAGUAUUGUGCCUGCGAACGGACAUAAGCAACCCAUCCUUCGGUAUACCAACGGGCAGGUGAAUGCCGAUCUGUACAAACCUCUGGAGGGGAGAGUCCAGUUUACGUCACACGAUCCCGAAGACGGAGACGCUUCCAUCGUCAUAACAGAUGUUCGACAAUCGGACUCAGCGGUUUACCAUUGCUUUGUGAAGAUGUUUCCUGGACAAGACAAACUGGAAAUGGACUUGACUGUCAUGGACGCACCCAGUCGGCCUCAGUGUGCUGCGGACAAGCACUUCGCGGAUGGACAUGGCAUGACGCUUAAAUGCCAAUCCUCGCACGGUACCCAACCUUUGAAGUACACUUGGUCCAAGAUAAGCGGAAACUAUUUCUUGCCUGCUAAUGCCGUUUUGGACGCCGCGGAAGGCACCUUGCGUGUGGAAAACAUCUCGAAAAAGGACUGUGGAAUCUAUCGCUGCACGGUUACCAGCAUGGUGGACUCCCAACACUGUGAACUUGUCCUCAAGUGUCCGCUGUCCCGAGAAAGCUUCGUCAACAGUCCGCAGACGCAGACAAGCACCAACCCUGUCGCUCUCAUCGCAGGCGUUGUCAGCGCCGUUGUGCUCGUUAGUGUCGCCAUUGGUGUCGCCGUUUAUUACUACCGAAAAACGAAACCUGUGGAAUCCGGCGAAGUUUAUGUAUAAUCAAUGUUAUUUUGUGUGACAACGCAGAGAUGUGAUGAUUGCAUUUCUCUUCUCUCAAAUGUUGAUAUAUGUUAUUGUUGAAUAUUCUGUUUACUUUUUUCAUGGCAGAAUUUUCGUCAGUUUUAGUUUUCAAUAUGUUCAACUUAAUUUCCAACUGUAUAUGUCAGCUUUUUAAGGCUUGAUACACUUGUAAAUGUUUUAAUAAAAGCCAGAAAACUCAAA